CAGCUUCGGCCCCGCCUCCGGCCCCGCCAUCGCUCCUGUGCUCACGGCUGGCUCUUCCCUGCAUGGAUCUGGUCGGAGUGUCAUCGCCGGAACCCGGGCCGGCAGCGGCCUGGGGACCCAACAAGUGUCCAUGGGCUACGCCUCAAAAGACAAUAUCCUGUUCUUUGGCUGAUGUCAUGAGUGAGCAGUUGGCUAAAGAGUUGCAAUUAGAAGAAGAAGCUGCUGCUUUUCCUAAAGUUGCUGUUGCUGAAGGACCAUUUCUUACUGGAGAAAACACUGAUACUUCCAGUGACCUAAUGCUGGCUCAGAUGCUACAGAUGGAAUUUGACAGAGAAUAUGAUGCACAGCUUAGGCGUGAAGAAAAGAAAUUCCAUGGCGAUAGCAAAGUUUUCAUUUCCUUUGAGAAUUAUCGAAAAGUGCAUCCCUAUGAAGACAGUGAUAGCUCUGAAGAUGAGGUUGACUGGCAGGACACUCGUGAUGAUCCAUAUAGACCAGCAAAACCAGUUCCUACUCCCAAAAAGGGGUUUAUUGGAAAAGGAAAAGACAUCACCACCAAACAUGAUGAAGUAGUCUGUGGGAGAAAGAAUACAGCCAGAAUGGAGCAUUUUGCACCUGGGUUUCAGGUAGGAGAUGGAAUUGGAAUGGAUUUAAAGCUAUCAAACCAUGUUUUCAAUGCUUUAAAACAACAUGCCUACUCAGAAGAACGUCGAAGUGCCCGCCUCCACGAGAAAAAAGAACACUCUACUGCCGAAAAAGCAGUUGAUCCCAAGACACGCUUACUUAUGUAUAAAAUGGUCAACUCGGGAAUGUUGGAGACCAUCACUGGCUGCAUCAGCACAGGGAAGGAAUCUGUUGUCUUUCAUGCCUAUGGAGGGAGCAUGGAAGAUGAAAAGGAAUGUAGUAAAUUUAUACCUACAGAAUGUGCCAUAAGAAUGCAGAAAGCUGGAAUUCCUUGCCCAGCAGUUGUGCUGCUCAAGAAACACAUUUUAGUGAUGUCUUUUAUUGGCCAUGAUCAAGUUCCAGCUCCCAAGUUAAAAGAAGUGAAGCUCAGUAGCGAAGAAAUGAAAGAAGCCUACCACCAAACUCUUCACUUGAUGCAGCAGUUAUAUAACGAAUGCACGCUCGUGCAUGCCGUCAGUGAGUAUAACAUGCUGUGGCACGCUGGAAAGGUUUGGUUGAUCGAUGUCAGUCAGUCUGUAGAACCGACCCAUCCUCACGGCCUGGAGUUCUUGUUCCGUGACUGUAGGAAUGUCUCACAGUUUUUCCAGAAAGGCGGAGUGAAGGAAGCCCUUAAUGAACGAGAGCUCUUUAAUGCUGUGUCAGGUUUAAACAUCUCAGCAGACAAUGAAGCUGAUUUCUUGGCUGAGAUAGAAGCUUUGGAGAAAAUGAACGAAGAUCACGUUCAGAAGAAUGGAAGGAAAGCUGCUUCGUUUUUGAAAGACGACGAAGGUCCUCCAGUCCCACGCGAUGCAUAGCACCAAUACCCGCUGCUCUCAGUGGCGACCCAGCGGCGACUGCCAGCUGCCAAUGCCAAAUGAAGUUACGGGCAACUUGAGAUACCAACACGAGGAGUGUACAAUGGUGCUUCUGUGCUUUUCCCCUGGUAGCCCUAAUGCCAGACGUGUGGAAUUUUAGCUCGGCAUUGAGAGAAUAAAAUGUCACUACCUCUCAUCUUAUGAACAGGAUAAUAUAAUUCUUUAACAGCUACAGGUUAUCUGGUUGAAAUCGACUGGAUUUUACAGGAUUCGUGGUGUAAAAUGUUUUGAUGAGAAUUGUUUAAAACGUGGGUAACGUUUUCAGAUAUGGGAGGAAAGGCCAGAUGUUUACAAGGGAGGCCUUUAUUACCACCUACUUGCUCUGAUACAUCCCUGCUUUGAGUCUCAUCUUUCCUUGUAUAUUUUAUUGGCCUGACAUGAGUCCGUCUCAGUUC